AUGGUGCAACUUGUCGACGAUUUGUUCCGCAUGCGGAUGCUUGUGGCGGGCGUUUAUCUUGGCAUUGCCAUUUCCUCCACGUAUGGCUUCAGUAUAUUCACCGGGUAUCUGAGAAACAAGUACGGAUUCUCGCAGACCGAUAUCACGACUAUCAGCACUGUUGGGAACUGUGUUGGAUACUGCACCUUUCUUGCCGGUAUGCUGUUUGACUUCGCCGGGCCCAUGGCCGUGCUUCCGCUCGCGGGUAUUCUCGUCUUUAUCGGCUUUGGUCUUUUUGGCCUCGUGUUUGACGGCUACGUCGUUUCCAGCCCGACUGUGAUUCACUUCUCCAUCUUUAGCAGUAUCCAGUCUUUUGGUUGCCCUGCUAUGGAUUUCUCGGGUGCAAUGCCGCUGAUGCUGCAACUCCCUAUGGAUCGCGGGUACGUUGUCAUGAUCCAGAAGACGUUCAGUGGGCUUGGCACGUC